AAUACACAGCUAGUAAGUGAAUGAGUAUUACCAGAUAUACAUGUGAUAAACCUACCAAAUUAUAAAUUAUACUUAAUUUUCAGACAAUGUAUAUUACAGUAAUCUGUCUGCGAUUGAUUUAUACAGUUAGUUAGUUAUAUAAAAAAACUGGAAAAUUUUUUUCGAAUCUGAAAAUUGGAUUUUAUUUUUGGGAUCAGCCUUGGGAUUAUACCUAACUAUGAAUUGGCUGGGUCAACAACGAUUCGCGCAAUAGUAUAUUCGCUACUAGUGCGGUAGAGUUAUUUUCAUAUCAAUCCGUUGUAUUAUUAUAUUAUUAGGUCGUGGUCGUAACAAUAACAAAUUAUGGCCUCAUCACCUGAAAUCAAAGUUCCAAUCAUAUGGGUGUUGGGUGGCCCCGGAUCUGGAAAAGGGACACAAUGCGACAGGAUCGUUGCCAAGUAUGGAUUUACUCAUUUAUCCUCUGGAGACUUACUUCGAAAUGAGGUGAGCAGCGGUUCAGCAAGAGGUAAAGAACUUACCGCCAUUAUGGAACGAGGAGAGUUAGUUCCUAUCGAAGUGGUUUUGGAUUUACUUAAAGAAGCUAUUUAUAAUGCUCUGCCUACAUCUAAAGGUUAUCUUAUCGAUGGAUAUCCCAGAGAAAAGGAACAGGGUAUCCUAUUUGAGCAGCAUGUAGCACCAGUGAAUCUAGUAAUUUUCUUUGAUGCAUCAGAAGACACGUUAGUUGAAAGACUAUUAGGAAGGGCCAAAACGUCAGGAAGAGUAGAUGACAACGAAGAAACAAUCAAAAAGAGAUUGCACACGUUCAACACGCAUAACGAUCAUGUGAUCCAACAGUAUCCUGAAAAGCUCAGAAGGAUUCAUGCGGAAAGAUCUCCCGACGAAAUUUUUGCUGAAACUUCGGCAUAUAUCGACGAGUUAUUGGCCUCUUUCUGAAUAAUUUUGCACACUUGUACCUGAUUAUUUAAUACACACGUAACAACGAGUACAAGAUCUACAGGAUAUUAUUUAUUUAUUUAUAAAAUUCUAAGCAAUAUAUUUGUUAAUUGUUACUUAA